AUGACUACAAACAUUCCAAAGGUUUAUGCCUUCCCGGAGCUAGAUGAAGUCGCUGAUGCAGUGGCAGAUUAUGUAGUUUAUGUUCAAAAUCACGCACUUGCUAAGCCAGUAAAGGAAAAGAAGUUGUCAAGUAGUAGUUUAAAUGGAAUGGUUACGACUACAGGAACUGUAGACUUUAAAGAAAUUCGAAGAACCCCCUCAGUUAAAAGUGCAGGAAACGGCAAUGUAAACAACUCGUCAUCAAAGGAUCUUUCGAAGAAACCAAAGAAGGAGGCUCGAUUUAGAAUUGCUAUUUCAGGAGGUUCAUUAAUUCAAGUAUUAAACAAAGGUCUAUUAACAAGAACUGACGUAAAAUGGGAUAGAUGGGAUAUUUAUUUUGCUGAUGAAAGAUUAGUACCAUUUGACUCGCAGGACAGCAAUUAUGGUCAAGCAAAGCGUAAAAUUUUUGAUUUGAUAGAUACUGAAAAAUACGGUGAACCAAAUAUCUACCAUAUUGAAGAAGACUUAAUUUCAGAUCCACAAGAAUGCGCAGAUCGUUACGAAAAAGUACUUAUCAAAGGUUUUGCAGGAAGAGAUUCUGUUAAAUUACCAAUGUUUGAUCUAUUUUUACUAGGUUGUGCACCUGAUGGCCAUAUUGCAUCAUUAUUCCCAAAUUUCCAAGAAAGUUUAAGAGAGAACUUAGCAUGGGUUAUUCCUGUUGAAGGUGCUCCAAGUGGUCCGUCGAAGAGAAUUUCUUUGACAAUUCCAGUUAUCUGUCAUUCAAAUAGAGUAGCAUUUGUUGUUGAAGGUGCAACUAAAGCCCCAGUUAUUAAAACCAUUAUGGAAAGACCAGAAAAAGGUCUUCCAAGUUCAAUUGUUAAUGAAGGUGCAGCUGGCCGUGUAUCUUGGUUUGUUGAUAAUGACGCAUUAACUGAAACGUUUGUUGUCAAAAAGAAAUAUAAAAAUCGUUCUCAUGAAAAACCAGAAGAAGAAACCCCUAUUCAACAGUAA